CGUAAGUUUACAAACAGAGAACAAAUUACAAGAGUUCUUUUACUGAAAAAUAUUGAAGCCGUAUUUAAGCAAGUUCGGUUCAGCUGAUCAAAAUGAGCAAUAUCUACAUUCAAGAACCUCCAACAUCUGGAAAGGUUCUGUUGAAAACAACUGUCGGAGAUAUCGAUAUAGAACUGUGGUCGAAAGAAUGCCCACUGGCUUGUCGAAAUUUCAUCCAGCUAUGCUUAGAAGGAUACUACAAUGGGACGAUAUUUCAUCGGGUCGUAAAAGGCUUCAUUGUGCAAGGAGGCGAUGCAAACGGAGAUGGAACUGGUGGGGAGUCUGUGUACGGCCAUCCGUUCAAGGAUGAAUUUCACUCCCGACUGCGCUACGUUCGACGUGGCUUGGUGGGCAUGGCGAACUACGGCAAGAACGAUAAUGCCUCUCAGUUCUUUUUUACACUUGCCGCCACACCGGAAUUGCAGAAUAAGAAUACGCUUUUUGGCAAAGUAACGGGAGAUACGAUCUACAAUAUGCUGAAGUUGGAGGAAGGUGAAGUUUAUGAAAACGAACGACCACACUUUACGCAUAAGAUCAUCAAAGCGGAGGUACUAAACAAUCCGUUCGACAACAUAGUUCCUCGUCAGCUGAAGGACACUAUUUCCAAACCGGACAGUGAAGACGUUCGGAAAAGGAAAAAAGAGAAGGGAGUAAAAAACUUUGGACUUUUAUCGUUCGGUGACGAGGCGGAAGAGGAGGAGCAAGAAACGAACGAUUUCGUACAAAAAAACGCAUUUGUAGGGAAAGGAAAGUCUUCCCACGACGUGUUGGAUGAUCCAAAGCUGAGCAAACAGACGAUAAAAACUGCCGAACAGGGUGAUGGCAAAGGCCCGCAAGUACUGCCCGAUCCAAGACAAAACUCAUCCGAUUCUAGUGACGAUCAAACGCCAAACGAGCAAAUGGACGAAAUGAAGCAACGAGGAUUAAAUGAUGUGCGCAAUAAGCUUAAACGCAAAACAGAUGAAAAGCAAACGAAGGGAGCGGCCGAUUCAGGAUCUGAUUCCGAUUACGAGCUAGAUGGUGGAAAAAAGAAAGCUAAAAAAGAGGAAGCAGAAAAAAUUCGGAAAGAGAUUAGUCAACUGAAGCGCGACUACCACUCGGAUAAACGCUCAAAGUUGCAAGAAAAAGAUGUCGAGCAGCAGAAACAAUCAAAAUCUUCGGCUCGUAAAGAAUGUAUGAAAGAGGUGUUACAAGUACAGGAAGAAUACUCGCAGAAAACAAAGCAACUACCUAAGAAGGGGAGUUCGAGAGAAAACUUUACGAUGGAACUGUUACAGAAAUUCAAAAGUAAGCUUCAAACCGCCCACGAACGCCAAUCGGAAACGGCGGAGGACUCACCAGGCGCCGGAGGCAAUGAGGAGGAAGACAUUCGAGGCAACAAUUGGCUAUCGCAUAAGCUCGAGUUUGAGAAAAAGGAUCCUAUACUCGCCAAGGAUGCGGCCACAAAGGAUGACGAUUGGUACGAUGUGUAUGAUCCUCGUAAUCCACUUAAUAAGCGGAAACGUGGUGAAAAAAUAGAACGUAACCAAAAACCCAAAAAGUAGUUGCAAAAAAGAUAUUGUAUUUAUUUCUGAUAAAAUGUUCCAUGUACAAUAUUAAUUUAAUAUAUGUAUUCACAUGUACUACCGUA